AUGCCGGAAGAAAACCCCACCGGACACAUUGGGAACUUGACGAAGGAGGAGGAAGAAAAACUGCAAGACUUUUGGAUUGCGCUUCUCAGAGUCUGCGGGGUUGUUGCGAGCGACGGUUCGGACACAGAUCAGCCGAAUGGCGGGAGUGUGACGCCCUCUGAUGCCAGCACUCCAGACCCCAAGAAGCCCAAGAAGAGAUUGGGCAUCUUUAGCAGGAAGAGUGAGAGUGUGAACGAGUCGCCAUCAGACAGUCCGGCGAACUCAAUUUCGAACUUGAAAAUAUGCGAUGCAGAAGAUAAAUAUGGCGAGACCAAGGAGUUUUUCGAGGCUCUAAAGGAUACGUCUCCGGAAGAUCUACGACUUGCGUUCUGGGACAUGGUCAAACACGAUCACCCCGAUGCACUGUUGCUCCGGUUCCUUCGUGCGCGGAAGUAUGACGUUAACCGCGCCUUGGUGAUGUUGGUGUCCGCAUUCAGAUGGCGAUCACAGACGAUGCAUCUCGAUGACGACAUCAUGGUCAAAGGGGAUAGUUAUAUGGAGGCGGAGAGUAAAAGCGAGGACCCGGCAGAGAAGCAAGAAGCUGAGGAUUUUGCAAAACUCCUUCACCUCGGCGAGAGCUUCAUCCAUGGUACCGACAAGCUUGGACGGCCUAUCUGCUAUAUCCGAGUGCGCCUGCAUCGAAUUGGGGCCCAUAACGAGGCCAGUCUUCAGCGAUACACCGUCUACCUCAUUGAGACGUCUAGACUGCUGCUACAAAGCCCGAUAGAAACUGCUGCCCUUGUUUUCGAUAUGACCGAUUUUUCAUUGGCAAAUAUGGACUAUGCCCCCGUAAAAUUCAUGAUCCAGUGCUUCGAAGCCAAUUACCCCGAAAGCUUGGGCAUGGUUCUCGUGCACAAGGCACCCUGGAUAUUCUCCGGCAUAUGGUCCGUUAUCAGAGGUUGGCUUGACCCCGUGGUCGCUGCCAAAAUCCAUUUCACGAAAACGACCGAGGACCUCGAAGCUCUCAUCCCGCGCAGCAACAUUCUCAAAGAACUAGGCGGCGACGACGAUUAUCAAUAUAAAUAUAUCGAACCGGUUGCGGGCGAAAACGAAAAGCAAAAGGAUACCGGUCGCCGUGACGAAUUAUUAAAGACGCGGAGAGAGAUAGCCAAGGAAUUCCAGAACGCAACGCUCUCCUGGGCAUCUUCCAGGUCUAACCCUUCGACAGACGGGGCAGCGGACAUACGCAAGACCAGGAAUGAGGUGGCGGACAAACUCCGCACCAACUACUGGCAGUUGGAUCCGUAUAUCCGGGCCAAGUCGAUGUAUGACCGUCUAGGCGCUCUCCCUCCGUCGAAGGAGGCCAGAGAACUAUCGUCUACACCACAGAUGUCGGAAAAGGCCAACGGAGAAACAGCUCCAGCGGCAGUCCCGGUAGCCGAACAAGCCAAGUUGUCAGCAUGA